AUGAUGGUCGAAUGCCGCCUAAACGAUAUUGAAGCAGGUUUGGUCGAGUCUAGCUAUAGUGAGACUAUAGAUUCGUUCGAUAAAAUGGCCCUUAAAAGCGAUCUCCUUCGUGGGGUCUACGAGUACGGUUUCGAGGUCCCGUCUGCUUUACAGCAACGCGCCAUACCGCCAACGAUCCAAGGUUACAACAUCGUUACUGUAGCGCAACCUGCCACUGGCAAGACAUCUGCAUUAUGCAUUUCUGUUCUUCAGAAUAUUGAUCCUAAUAUAAAAGCCUGCCAAGCCUUGAUUCUAGCGUCCAACCAUGAUGCUGCUAGCCAGAUCCAAAGGACCAUCGGUGAACUCGGUCGUUUCAUGCAGAUUAACGGUCCUGCCGACAUUUCUAAGCCAGACCCUUGCGACGACAUAGGAUUAUCCCACGAUGCUCAACAAGUUGUCAUUGGCGAACCAGACCAGGUCUGCGAUAUGAUUCAAUCUGGUAUAAUCACGCCAGACAAUAUAAAUCUACUCUUCCUCGAUGAGGCUGAUAAAUUACUAUCAUGUGACACCGCUGAGCAGAUCUGCGCCAUAUAUGAACUUCUGCCAGAGGCUACCCAAAUCGUCUUCAUCUCAAGAACAAUGCCUUAUUGUAUGCUUGAAAUCGCCGUAAGAUUGAUCCGUGAUCCUUUAUACAUUACUGUGGGUAAAGCCGAACAUCCCCUCGAUGGCAUCGAGCAGUCCUAUAUAGUUGUUGAGGUGGAGGACCAUAAGCUCGACAUCCUUUCCGAGUUAGACAAGAGUUCUGCGCUCGCCCGAGGGAUGAUCUUCUGCAACACCCGUCAAAAGUUGGAGUGGCUGGAACAGAAGCUCACCGUCCGUGGCUUAGCUAUUUCUACAAUGCAUGCCGACAUAAUCUCUAUCGAAUGUGCUGCUAUUAUGGCAGGCUUUCGCUCUAGUACUUCUUAUGUCCUCAUCGCUACUAAGAUACUCUAUACCCUAGUGGCCAAACUAUCGGGGGCCUAA